GAUGGUCGGUGCUGGCAUAAGCGAAUUGGUACAGCUGCCCUUUAAAUCUGACAUAAACAUUUCCGCGUUGUUGCAUAUCUGAAAUGAAAUAACAUCGGCAGAUCCCCAUGCAUAAUUGAAACAGGCCUGUAGACCUACAGCUAAAUCAUGCUGAAGUGGUUCUCUGGCGACGAGGCUGGAGGCUCCUCUCCACCGGGUGCCCCGGGCUCUCCUCAGGGCAGUGUGGAUGGAGGGAACCCGGCCCUGGCGGAGGCCAACGAGCAGCUGGCCCAGACGCAGCAGCUGGUGGCCCAGCUCAAAGAGCUCAUCAGGGAGAAGGAUGCUGUGCUCAGCACCAAAGAUGACCAGCUCAAGACGGAGAAGGAGUCGUGUGAGGCCAAGCUGUCCAAGAUGCGUCUGCAGCACAAGGCCAAGGUCACCUCCCUCAACUCCCAGCUGGAGGAGCUGAAGAAGCAGAGAGGAGGGGGGAGCAGCAGUAGCAGCCCGGCGGCCACCCCCAGCAAGAGCACCCCCGGGAAGGCCACACCACCACAGAUGAAGCGGAGUGGCAGUGGUGAGUCGGGCGAGGCGGACUCGUCGUCGUCGGGUGCGAGCAGGGGUAAGAUCCUGCUGCUGAAGAAGAAGGUGGAGGAGCUGGAGCAGCAGCUCAACCGCAAGAACCAGGAGCUGGACCACAAGACUAAAGAGCUAGAGGCCCAGCGAGAGCGAGGGGUGGAGAUGGACGCCAUGUUGGUGGAGAAGGACCAGAGGCUGGCGGAGAAGGAGGCCUACAUCGUGCACCUCCAGAUGGGCCUCGGAAACGCACAGCCGGGACCGGCGCCGGCACCCACGCCUCAGGACAACAAGGCUGAGUCAUCAUCGUCGUCAUCCUCUCCGUCUGCGGUGGCGGAGGACAGUGGCGGCUCAGUGUCGGAGCUGCAGCUGCUGGUGCAGAGCCUGACUAAGAAGGUGGGGGACGGGGAGGAGCGCUACAGCCUGCUGCAGGAGCAGGUGGACAGCCUCAAGGCCCUGGUGGAGACAGAGAAGGCCCAGUACGAGGAGAAGGAGAGCAUGUACAAGCAGAAUAUCCAGACCUUCAAGGACAUCAUAAUGCAGAAGGACAACCAGCUGCUGGAGCUGAAUCAGCAGCAUGAGCAGGAGCUCUUCAAACUGGCAGCCAAGUCGGACGCCAGUGCCGACCUAGAGCAGCUGCUGAAGGCCUUGAAGCAGAAGCUGCAUGAGAAGGAGGAGGUGCUGCUGGGGAAGGCCCAGGUCAUCGAGGUGCUACAGGGCGAGGUGGACACCAGGGACCAGCAGAUACAGGAGUUGUCGGAGCGCAUGCGGCGCCUGCAGGGUGAGCGCGAGAACCUGCAGUCUAAGCUGGAGGCGGAGAAGCACGUGAUGCGGGCGCAGCUGCGCGACCUCAUGGACAAGCACCAGAGCGAGCUGCGACGCGUCACCGAGAAACACGAGCAGGAGAUGAGCGAGAAGGAGCAGCAGCUAAGGAGCCAAUCACAGCGGACCGCGGAGAAGGAUCAGGAGCCACGCAACCAAUCAGGCAACACCGGUGCAGUCCAGAGUCCCGCCUCUUCUGAUGGUGCAGUGAACACAGAGGCAGCACACAGACUAUCGCAGCUGGAAGCCCAAGUCAAACUAAAAGCAGACGAGGCCAGCAAGUCUGAGGCCAAGUUUUUGAAGAUGAAGGCAUGGUCUAAGAACCGCAUCCGACAGCUGGAGGACGAGCUGAAGAAGGCACAGUCUGGAAUCACAGUUCCAGAUGUGUCCAUCCUGCGAAGCCGAGUAUCAGAACUGGAAGAGGAGCGAGAGGAGCUGCUUUGCAAACUGGACCAGUGUGAUGACCUCAUAUCCAAAAACGAGCUGCUGGAGGCCAAGUUGGUGGUUUAUGAGGAACAGCAGAGGAAGAUGCAGGCUGAUCUGGAGCAGGUCACCAAGAGGGCCGCCUCACAGGCCAGCGAGAGCGGCAGCGUGGACGAGCUGCAGAGCCACGUGCUGGAGUGGCAGGAGAUGGUCACCAUGGUGACGGAGGCAGAGGCGGCGCGCGACCAGGCGCGCGAGGAGAAGAGCGCCAUGGCCCUGCGCAUGAGUCACAUCGAGGAGGAGAGAGAGGCGCUGGCCAAUCGGCAGCAGGAGUUGGAGGAGGAGCUGGCUCAGGCACGCGGGCUUCGCCAGCAGAGGGUUAAGAAGCUGGGAGACCCGGCCAAUCGCACCUUGCAGGAGGAUCUGGACUUUGAUGAGCGGCAGUCCUUCCCCGAUCCCAGCAGCCCCUCCGGCAACACGACCCCGAUGGAGGGAGAGAACAUGGGAGGUUGGUGGCCUGAGUACACUGCCCCUGCCCCUGACACAGAUGGGCUGAGAUCGGUGGUAGAGGAGCUGGAGAGGGAGAGAAACCAGCUGCAGGAGCAGAUCAUCGCCCUGGAGGAGCGCUGCCAGGACCUGGAGGAUCGCCAUCAGUUGCAAGCCCGAAUCGAGUCCUUGCAGGUGACGUUUGAUGUAAAUGAAGAAGAGAGGCCAGUUUGGGUUUGCCAGAACGAGUCGGAGAGACUGCAAGCUCAGUUGUCAAGCCUUCGCAGCCAACAGAGCAGGGACGCUGAGAAACACCAGCUCCUUGUCACAAGUCUUAACGAACAACUCAAGGGAUUGAGUGAUACACAAGAGUGCCUGGAAUCUUCUCUGAUUGAGAAGGAACACACGCUUGCCAAAACCUCUGAGAAACUGGAGCUCAUUGACAACCUCAGAGAUGCUCUUCGGGAGAAAGAGGAGCAACACAAGGAUGUGUCUGAUAGACUUAUUCAGACCGAGCAUAAUCUGUCAGAAAUUACCCAGAAGUGCAGUACAUUUGGAAAACAGAAUGCAGAGUUUAAGACGAUAGUAACAGAGCUCAAUCAGAAGCUGAGCGUAUUAAGAGAAAAGACUCAAAAACAAGAAGCUUCUCUUGAAACUCUGCAGACUGAUCUGGAUCAAACAAACGACGAGCUUGAUAAGCUGAACACCACACAUUUGGAAGAAAGAGCUCAGCUUAUUCAUGACCUGCAGAGUUGCGAGAGAGAAAUCGACAACCUCAAAGAUGUUGUUUUGGAGAAAGACAAGGAAAUAUCUGUCCUUUCUGGUAAUAUGGCUGAGUAUGCUGAUCAAAUUCAAGCACUGAAGCUGGAGAUCAGGCAGAAAGAAGAGGAUCUUGUUCGUAUCGAAAGUGCCCUCAGCAAAGCCCAACGAGAAGCCCAGGUUAUUCGUGAGUCUCAGUCCUCUGACCAGCAGUCCUUAAAUACUAAGAUCUCAGAGCUCAUGGAACAGCAGAAGGCCACCGAUAGUGAGUUGGAAAAAGCCAAAGAGGAAAAGGAAGCGAAAAUGACAAAGAUUGGUGAUCUGACGAAGCAAGUUAAAGAAGACCGGAAAACCAUUCAAGGACUUCAAACGGAAAUUCAGAAGCUGACCGCGAGCCACCGUAACCAUCUCUCGGAAUGUGAACCUCUGGUGUCGUCUUUGAAGGAGCAAGUCACAUUGAGCUCUCAGAAAUUACAAGAGUCAGAAAGCCUCCUCUCCCAGCUCAAGGAGUCAACAGUGUCUAAUGACAAACUGAAAGAAGACCUUCUCGAGAAACAGAGAUCUUAUGAGAAAGAACUGAAAGACCUAAAAGAUGAGAGAAACAAGCUUCUUGCUGAGGAUAGCAAGCACAGUGAUGAACUUCAGAGUGUUUCUAAGCAGCUACAGGAGCAGGUGCAGAGUCAGGAAAAGGUUGUGAGGGAAAUGGAGGGAAAAAAUGAAAUGAUAUCUUCUUUAGAACUGCAGCUUAAGAAUAAACAUGAAGAAUUUGAGGGUGAGACUGUGAAACUAAAUGCUGAACUCAAAGCCAAAGAUGUGCAUACGGAGAAGCUUCAGAAAGAACUUGCUGCAAAAUCUGAAAGUUUUACGAAGUUAAAAGCACAUGUAAAGAAUUUGAAAACAGAAAAGGAGAAAUUACAAAAAAGUCUUAAAGAGAAAUCUGAUGAGUCUACCAGCUAUUCACAGCAUGUUAAAGAACUGUCAGAAAAGCUUGCAUCCAGCCUUGAACAAAAUGAUGAAAUGCAAGUGCAAGUGAAAAUGUUAACAGAGCACAAGGAGAAGCUCCAGCUGGAAAUUGAGGAGAAAAUCAAAUCUUUAUCUGGGAUUCUCGCUGAGAGAGAUGCUUUGCUAACAAAAGAGAAAGAAGAAUCAAAUCAGAAAGCCAGCGAACUGAAUGAAGUGCUUUCCAGCAAGCAGUCUAUCACAGAAAACCUAUUGGAGAAAACUAAUGAAUGUAAUGAACUGAAAAUGCUUCUUGAGGAGAGUCGAAUAUCAUCGUCUCAGCUUACAGAUCAAGUUGACAACUUGAAGUCUCAGGUCCACCGCCUUAAUACCAGCUUGGAGGAGAAAGACAAAACCAGCUCUGAUCAGCACUCCCAAAUGGAGGCCCAACGAAGCCAGGUGGCCCAGCUCCAAGAAACCCUGACCCUCCUCCAGGAGCAGGGCACUGCCUUGAAGUCAGGACUGAUGGAGAAAGAGACCAUACUACAGCAAAACGCAUCACAGUUAUCAGCACUGCAGAAUGAACUUAAGGAACAGAAAGACUGUGUCUCGAGACUCCAGAGUGAGUCCGAAAGUUUGAGAAAGGAGUGCUCAGAUUUAAAGCAGAACCUGGAAGAAACGGAAGCGUCACUUAAGACCACAAGCCAGGCAUGCCUAAGUCAUACUGAAGAGCUAAACAAAAGAAAUGAGUCUAUGGCCUCUUUAAGCAGCCAGUUGGGCGUCAUUAAUGAAAACAACGUCCAGCUGGAGUCGGAUAAUGCCAGUUUGAAAUCUUCCUUAGACAGUAAUGUGGCCGAAAAUAAUCAGUUAAAAGAGGCACUGGCUCAAAGACAUGCUGAAGCUAUUGCACUACAAAGCCAUGCUCAAGCGGUGACCGCUCAGAAUCAGCAGCUAAGAGCUCUUUAUGACAACAAGGAGAAAGAAGUGCAAGAACUACAGCGGGUGGCUGCUGAGCUUAAUGAGAAGAUGGCUUCUGUAACUGAACAAAAUGGCAACCUUGAGUCACAGCUUUCUAAUCUUUCUGAGCAAAGCAGGAAACUCCAGGAAGAAAGCGAUCAAGUGUCGAAGCUUCUUUCCAGGGCAAAUGAAGAAAAGACAUCGAUGGAGAAUAAACUAAGUGCCCUGGAGAUGCAGCAUUCGGAAAAUCGAAAGAUCAUAGAAGGUCUGAUGAAGGACAAGCAGGAAUUGUCCACGCGGUCAGAAGAACUUAGUAACAUUCUUGAACAGAAUAAACAAUCCGUAGCGGAGAGUUUGUUGGAAAAAACAAAUGAAUGCACUCACCUGAACAAACUGCUCAGCGAAAGAGAAGAGACCAUCAACAGUCUUCAAAAGCAAGUGGAAAUUGCAGAGAACCAGGGCAGUGAUUUCAAGAACAGUAUGUCAGAGAAGGAAAAAAUUUGUGCUGAACAAAGCAUGCAGUUGGAGACCUUCUCGGCACAGGUGACCCAGCUGCAGGAGACCCUUUCUCUCCUACAAGAACAGGGGACUGCCUUGAAAUCAGGACUGAUGGAGAAGGACACCAUGCUACAGCAGCAGGCUGCAGAAUCGUCUGCACUGAAGAAUGAGCUUCAGCAACAGAAAGACUCAGUUUCAAGACUUGGUAGCGAGUUGGAGACGUCUAAGGUAGAGAGUUCACGUUUGAGUCAGAUUAUUGAAGAAAAAGAAGCAAUGUUAAUCACCAAAAGUCAAGACUGUCAGAGCCUCUCUGACGAAAUCCUGAACAUCAGGAAUGGACUUGGUGCUGCCAGCAAGGUGAAAGAAGACUUAGAGUUGGCUUUGCAGCAGAAAGAAGAAUUAUUGAGACAGCAAGACGUACGCAUUAGCCAAUUGCAAUCAAAGUCUGUUGAGGGUGAGGGGGAAAUAAAUCAGAGAAUGGAGACUAUCGUGAAGCUGCAGAAUGAACUACAGAGCCUGCAGGCAGCUCUUCAAAGUAAAGACACACUCCUGUUUGAAAAAGAUAGAGACUUCACUUCACUGAAGGACAGGUUAGCGUCAGAAUCAGAGGAGUUCAAGACUCAGCAGAGUAUACUUCAAGAAAGAUCUAACAAACUUGAUGAGAGAAUAGCAGAGCUGGAUGCUCAACUGAAGCAGAAAGUGGAUGAGGCUAUGACUUUGAAGGAACAGAGUUCAGAGCUUUCAGAUGCAAAUUCCCUUCUGCAAACUCAAAUUGAAAGUUUAACGACAACUGUGAAGGAAAAGGAGCAGUUUGUCAAGGAAUUGAAAGCUAAAUUUAUAACACACAGGAACAACUUGAAUGAAAAAAUCAAAACCAAAGAAUCAGAAUGUGAGACUUUAAAGGAACAGGUAUCCAGUCUCAAUGAGUCAGUCUCUAAACUAAAAGAGAACCUCAGUGCCCAGACUUUAGACGUGUCUUCCCUCCAGUUGGCCCUUGAGGAAAGUAAGGCAUCCAUAGCUGAACAGUCUAAGUCUAUAGAUGAUCUGCAGAGAAGGGCAGAUGAGGCUGCUCUUUUUAAGGCUCAGUUUAUAGAGAGCGCAGAGCAGGUGAGUGUUUUGCAGAGCCAGGUUCUAGGAGUUACCCAGGGAUCUGAAAACCUUACUAAGCUAGCCGAGGAAAGACAAAGUGCCUUAGCAAAUCUUCAAGAAAAGUUUGCAUCCCAUUCCGAAGAGCUCCUGACGGUGAAGUCGACAUUGUCACAACGCAAUGAAGAGAUCGCAAACCUUAAUGCAGCUUUAAUAGGGAGCAGGGAAGCUACCCUAACAGCAGAACAAUUAGUCAUUUCCCUUCGGCAAGAGACUGCCUCUCUUCAUGAUGAACUACACCAGCUGAGAAGCAUCAAUAAUGACCUCUCAAAGCAAAAGGAUGAAGCCCUUUCAGUGAAUGAAAGAAAUUCAAAUUCACUACUUGUUGAAAUCGAAAAACUGAAAUCGCAACAUCUCCAGGUUGCUUCACAAGUCGGUGCCCUAACGGAAAACCUUGAACAACGGGAAAUGGCUCUUCACGCAAUAAAUGGCCAGUAUACAGCUCAGGUAAAACACUCAGAGAAUUUAGUGGCAGAGUUGAAAAGGUUAAGUGAUCUAAACAAAGACCUUCAAGAGGAGACAGAGCGAACAAAGGAAGAUCUACAGCAAAAGCUCAAUGUUUUCACAAGUGAAAAAGUUCAGUUGGAGAAGGAAGUCAAGGAGCUGUUAGCUGAUAAGGAAGAACUUGAAAAGCGCCACCACAGUCAGAUCCAAGGAAUGGAGGAACGCUUACAGCACCAAAUCCAGCAGCAGUCCUCUAGCAUGAAUGAAGUGAUGGAGAGCAUGAAGUUGGAAAAGGAGCGUCUUCAGGUCCAGGUUAGUGUCAAAGGUGAAGAAAUCACCGGAUUGAAAUCAGAAAUUCAAAGAAUUGAACAAACACUCCAGGAGUCAGAAAAGGAAUGGCUGCUUGUCCUUGAUAGAGAGUCACAAGAUAAGAAUACACUCAAAGAGAAGCUAGAAACACUUGAGAAUGAGAUUAUGUCAAAAGAUAGCAAAGUACAAGGGUUGCAGCAGGACCUAGAUCAUUUAAAUAGAAAAUUAGCAGAAGCAGCGUCUGCUCUAAAUGCCAGUUCAGAAACACUAAAAGAUAAAGAAACGGAUGCGUUGGCAAGUAAGAAUAAGUUGGAGGAAAUUUUAAACACUAUACAAGCAAAAGACAAAGAAAAUAUUGAUUUGAGAAAUGCUUUACAGAACAUGCAAACAGAGUUGAAAACCUUAGAGUCCAAAAAGCAGUCUGCUGAUGAAAAUCUAUCUGAAAUUACACAAACUAUGUCAAAUAAACUAGUUGCCAUUGAAGAGGAAAAAUUAACUCUGCACAACACUAUAAAACAGUUGCACACAGAUUAUCAAAACGACAUAGCUAGUCUGAAAGAAGAGCAACACACACUCUCACAACAGUUGCAGCAAAAACAGAUGGACCUGUCUGAAGCGCAUAGAGUUCACCACAAUGGGAGUGAGGAGCUUGUUUUGUUACAAGAGAAGAUGCAGAAUCUUCAGCUUCAGCUCCUUGCAGAUGAAGAAACUCUUAAGGAAGCAGGAGUUAAACAGACCACAUUACUGAAUGAAAUUCAACAGAAAGAUGACUCGAUCAGUUGCAUGAACAUCCAGAUAAACCAACAGAAAGAACUGAUUGCUGGUCUAACCGUGCAGUUAAAGGAGAAAGAUGCCUCUGUUACACAGCUAGUGACAUCUGCAUCCAAUGAAAGGAUGAAGUAUACUGAUGAGAAUGGUAGCCUGCGUUCCCAAAUUGAAAGCCUGGAAAAAGCUCAGAAUGUGACAUGUGAGGAGCUUAAAUAUGUCUGUGAUUGUCUGGAAGAAUCCAAAAGAAACCUGUCUGCUUGUCAAAAUGAGAUAAAAUCUAAGGCUGGAGCUAUUGAACAAGCGGUUAAUGAGAAGGAAGAACUGAAAUCAGAACUUCGGAAGACAACAAAAGAAAAAGAAGCUAUGAAAAAGAAGCUCCAGGCAGCUUUGGUGGUUCGAAAGGAGCUACUAAAGAAAAUUGAAAAAUAUGAACAGCAGCAGGUGGAAGACUUAAAGGCAUCAGAUGUACAAGAAAAAUUACAAGAACUAAUUUCUCAAACUCAGACUGCAGAAGCCGAGCACAAAGUUAUUGUUGAAGAUUUGCAACAACAACUGGAGGCAAGGAAGUGCGAGAUCCUUGAAUUCAAUACUGUUUUGUCAGGGAAAGAGGAACUUGUAGAGCAGCAGAAGAAUGAGAUGGAAAGCUUAAAAGAAAAGUUACUGGAACAGGAGGCUAGUUUUACUUCGCACAUUCAAACACUUGAAGAAAAGGUAAAAGCCUUUGAGAGUCUUAGCAGUGGCUUUAGUGAAAAGGAGCAGGAAAACCGUGAUCUGUUGAUCAAAAUUGAACAAUUAAAAUCAGAAAUAGAAGAAAAAGAACAAUGUUUGAGACAUCAAAUUGAGACAUCUAAAGUGUCAUCUGUGGAUACCGAAAGUGAACUCGCCAAGGUGACACAGGAGAAGGCCGUUAUGCAGAAGAAGGCACAUGCUGCCCUCCUUGCCCGCAAAGAGACCAUGAAAAAAGCUCAAGAGACAGAGAAAAAGUACACACAGGAGAUAAGUGAACUUAAAGAUGAAUUCAAAGCUCUUCUUGAAAAGCAUUGCCAACAAACAAAUGAGAUUAAUUCAAUGCAAUUGAAGUAUGAUGACAAGAUCAAAGAAAUGGAGGCAAUCAGACAUGAGUCAGCAUCUUAUCAGAGUGAACUUGAGAAGGCAGUUGAGCAGAAGAACAACGUGCAACAAGAUCUGACACUUACUCUGUCUGAGAAAGAGAGGCAAGCUGAAGCUUUAGAAGCAUAUGCUGAGGAAAUAGAACUAUUACAGCAAAGUCUUGAGAAGGCUAGUACAGAGAUUACAAAGAAGGACCUUGCAGUGGUGACUGUUGAGAGGCAUUCAACGGAUCUGGCAAAACAACUGGAGAGUCUUCAGUCAGAAUAUGACAAGGCUGUCAAUGAGGUAAAGGAAAUGGCUACCCAGCUUACUAAGAAGGAACAGGAGAUGGAAGAGUUGCGGCAGCAAAAUCAGCAGGAAAAAGAAAUGAUGAUGUCCCAGCAAAAUCAGUUUAUUCAGUCUAAGGCUUUGCACGAAGACUUAAUCCAGAGACUUGAGAGAUUAGAAAAUGAGAUGGAAGAAAAGUCCCAAGAGUUGGAAAACAUUGCAAAAAGACACGAUGUUGAGAAAACCCAAAUAAAAUUGGAGUUUGAAGCUGCAUUGGCUAGGAAAUCUGAGGAAUUGGAGUCUCUCCAAAAUUCUUCAAUGAAGGCACAGAUGGAGACUGAGAGACUGCAUUCACAAUGGCUUGCAUGCCAAGCAGAGGUAGAGAGCUGUAAACUCCUUAUCGAAAGCUUGCAACAAGAAAAAGACACAGUUACUGGGGACUUGAAAAGAAACCAAACACAAGUUUUUGCAUUUGAAUCUCAAGUUAAAGACUUGCAAAAACAAAAGUAUGAACUUUUGCAGAAACAGGUUGCUUUGGAAGCCGGGCAAUCGACAGAAACUGAUAUUUCUGAAAAAAUAUCUGAAGAAUCUGUGCAAAGAUGCUCUGAUGAAGUUGACUUGAACCUUAAUCAGCAAAAUUCUGACCUGCUUUCUCUGCAAUCCGUAAUUACUGAAAAAGAUGAACACAUAUCUGCCUUGGAACAGCAAUUGCAACGGCAAAUACACCUUCAUGAGCUUGCAAUGGACAAAAUAAGAACAGAAUACAAUGACCUCCAGCAAAGAUCCAAGCAGGCCGCAGGCAAUGAACACGCAAAAGAAAGCAAAGGCAAUGAAGAACAGCUGAUGAAGAAGAAGUUGCAAGCCGCUUUGGUUUCUCGUAAAGAACUACAGAAAGAAAACCAAGCCCUUAAAGAAAAAAAUCAAACGCUGAAUUCAGAAAAUGAGCAAUUUCGCACAGCAUCUGAUGGGCUUCAGCAUACUCUUACCGGACUUGCACAGCAGAAAACCGAUCUUGAAGCGUCUUUAUUCUCCCUUCGCCUCGACAAAGAACAGCUUACUGCAGAGGUAGAGCAAAUGUCAAGUGAAAAUCACAGUCUCUCUGAUGCCUGUGACAGCCUUAAGCUUACAAUAGAAAGCAUCACACAGCAGAAAGAAGCCUUUUCUUGUCAGUUAGAGUCCCUGAAAGAUUCCCAAACAGUGGAACUGUCCGAGUGGAAAUCAAAGCACACAGAGCUGAAACAAGAGUAUGAGUCACUUUUGCAGGCAUAUGAAAAUGUUGGUAGUGAAAUGGAUAAGAUGAGUCAACUUUUGGAAGGGGCAAGGAGAGAAAGACAGGAAGCCAUACUGAAAGCCCAUAAAUCUGAGUCAGAAAGACAAAGCCUUGAGAAGCAAUUAACUGAGGUCGAGGAAGAAAAUGAGAAAAUUAAAGAUAAAAUGAGAAAGUUUGCCAAGGCCAAGCAACAAAGAAUGGAAGAGCUUGAGGAGGAAAAUACCAAAAUCAAGCAAGAUUUAAAUGAGUUUGAUGAGAAACAGAAAUGCUCUGUGGAAGAACUUACAGAGAAAAACCAACAGUUGCAAGAAGAAAUAACACUCCUGAAAGAUACGGCUGAAGAAGUUCGUAUAAGGUUUUCUGAACUACAACUUGAAAAUCAAAAUUUGGCCAAAGAACUUGAAAUGGCAACAUCCUCAUUGGAAAAACAGAAUGAUGAAUCUAAAAUCAGUGAAAAUAGAAUACAGCUCCAACUUAAUGAGGCACUCAAGUUAAAUACUUCUUUGACAAGCCAGAUAGAAGCACAGAAAUCAGAAAUGUUGGCGCAACAAGAGAUUUCUGAGGCAGUUCAGAGAGAACAAGAAAGCCUUUCUGGUAAACUACAACAGCUGCAGAUAGAUCACGAAGCUGAACUGAAUGAAAGAGACAAAACUGUAAAUGAAUUGAAGGAAGUUGUUCGACUGGAAGCCAUUAGCCUCAAUGAAAAAGUCAGAAUCUUAGAAGAUGACAAAUGCUUACUGCAGGAAGAACUGGAGAAUGCUCAAGAGAUAUCAGACAAAGUUAAAAAUGAAAAUGAAUAUUUGGAGACUGUAAUCCUCAAAAAUGCAGAGAGAAUUGAUGAGUUUACACAAAUGGUGACUGUACUGCAGUCUCAGAAUUCUCAUUUAACAACUCAGCUAGCGGAGAACAAGGAGGAAAGGGCUAAGGUAUGCCAAGAAAAAGAGGAACAGCACCUUAAACUUGUUAAAGGGUUUGAGGAAAAACUUAAGACUGUCCAGAGAGGUAGUGAGGGCUCUAAAAACUUUAACAAAGAGCUGCAAGAACUCCUGAAAGAAAAACACCAAGAGAUUAAUCAACUCCAGACUGAUUGCAUUAGGUAUCAGGAGGCGAUUCUAAAUCUUGAAAGGUCUUUAAAGAGUUCCCACAGUGAGCAGCAGAAAAUGGAGAACACUGUAGAGGGAAGCAAUAAACUCAUAACUGAGAUGACAGAACAAAGAGAAAAACUUGAGUAUGAAAUGUCAAUUUCCCAGAAUUCCAUUGAGGAAUUGAAAGCACAGUUGGCCAGCCUUCAUUCUGAAAAAGAUGAAUUAGAAAAUAAGCUUCUGCAUAACAAUGAACAGGUGACAUUGCAGAUGAAGGAGAAAGAAAGUGAACUGGAACAAAUAAUUGCCCAGCAGAAGUCCUUUUAUGAAGAUGAACAAGUUGAGCUACAAAAAAGAAUUGAUGAGCUAUUACAGCAUAUGGAGAGGGAGUCUCAAUUGGCCAUUUCAUUGAAAGGGCAAGUAGAUCAUCAAAUUGUACAAAUUAAAAAGCUCUCAACCGAGUUGGAAACAAAUUCUGCAAAGCUUGAAUUUCUGUCAAGCAAACCAGAGAGUGUUGAGCCAUUGAAGCACUGGAAUGAUGUUUUCCAGAAAAUACUGCAUGACAAGGAUUCUCAGCUCAUUGAUCAAGGCCACGCCGUUGACAGACUUCUUGAAGAUAUCCGUGUCAAAGGAACAGCCAUGAACGACAUGCAAGCCACAAUUAAAAGGCUUGAAAGGACUUUAAGUGAUUACACGGUAGCUGCCUCAGCCCAACAGCGUCAGAUAAUUAUCAUGAGCGCAAGCAACUCGGAACUCAGCCAAAAUGUGGAGAUCUUCCAAACACAAUUACAAGAACAAACCACAGAAAUCGAAAGGUUGGAAAGUGACAAUACAUCACUUAACAGACAGUUGUCUAAUCAAAUAAAUGCAUCAACUCGGAUUCAGUCUAACCUAGAGCAUCUGGAAAAUAGCUUCUCAAACACAGAGUCGCGAUUUAACACACUACAGUCUCAACAUACCAAGCUGUCGUGUGAUUUUGAAAACCAAGAGGCCAUGUUAUCUAAUAUGAAGACACUACUUCGAAGUAAAGAUGAUGAGAUCUCUUCACUGCUGUCUUCCAGAGAUGGGCAGAUGUCAGGUUAUCUAGAACAGCUGCAAGCAAGUCACAGAGCGCAAGUGGAAGGUUACGAGGAGCGCUUAAGUGGCCUUUACAAUGACCAAGAGAAGACUCGACAUGAAAUCCAAAGGCUGGAAAGUAAAGUUAGAACACUGCAGGGAAACAGUGACAAGUCAACUCAAGAGAAGGAGCAGAUGGCCACACAAAUUGAGACCUUCAAAAAGUCUAUGGUCUCCCUACAAGACGAAAGGGGUCGUUUGAUGUCAGAACUUCGCAUGCUCAAGCAGACUGUUGCACUGCAGAAAGAAGGCUCCACUGAUGGAGACUCUGGGCCCUCAAAGGGUCUGAAGGGAGAAAUAAAAAAGCUACUCCACCAGAUGGAUGACCUGAAUUCAGAAAAUGCCAUGCUUAAAGCGCAGCUAAUACGAUAUAGGGAAGAUUUAAACCAGGUACUCUCCUUAAAAGACAACCAGCUUAAAGAACUUCUCAAAAAGCAGCAAGAUACUAUUAAAAGCCUUGAAACCCAGAAAGUGUCAGUUGAAAAACAGCACCGCGAUACCGUUUCACAACUCCAAGCUGAGGGUGAGACUGUUGAGGCCUUAAAAUCUCAGAAUUCAGAUCUCAAUGCUCAGGUUAAAACACUUGAAUCUAGUCUGAUAGUCUUGCACAGGGAAAUACUAGAGUCGGAUAAAGGCAAAGUUAUUGCUGACUUGCAGCAGGCUGUUGCAGCCAAAGCUGCCGAAUGUAAUGACCUUCAGCAAAAGGUCUUUGCCCAAAAAGUUGCCUCAGAUGACGUUAAAUUGAGUCUUGAGCAGCUUGUAAGUGAGACACAGCAGAAACUUAGAGAGGCUGAAAGCAGGCACCAGUCUGAGAGGCAAGCUAUGGACAGAGAGAUAGGUCUUAUGAGGAAUGAGAGGGAAACUGCAGAGCAGAGAGUGGCAGAGCUAGCUAAGGAUCUGAUACAGAACGAGCAGCUCCUGUCUGAGUCCAGAAAUCAAGGCAAGGACUUGAAGACUCAGAAUGAGUCUCUGAGCAAAGCCAUGGUGGCACUGCAGAACGACAGAGAGCAGCUCAUUGACGAUUUUAAAGUUCUCCAAAGUAGGUACGACGCUGAGCUCCGAGAGGCAACGUCUGCCAUCGGCAAGAUGGAGUGGCAGAUAAAAGAUCUCACAUCCGACCUGACGUCCCUCACUACACAGAGGAAUGUGUUGACCCAAAAGGUUCAGGCUUUGGAAGGUGACGAUCCCCAGACUAAGCUCACUGGUUUGGUGGACGACUUAACGCAAGCAAUAUCACAGAAAGAGGUGGCGCUUCAGCAAGUCUCGCUGGAGAACAGCUCCUACAACAAGCAAGUGGCUGCAUUCUCCAAAGCGAUGGCCAGUCUGCAAAACGACCGAGACCGCCUCGUGGAGGAGCUUAGCGGCGCUAAGAAAGCGUUAGAGUCCAGACAGCAAUCAAGUCCAGAUCCUGCUGCAACUGUUCAAGGAGAGAAAGUGGAAAUCCUUAGUAGAAGUGUCAGUGCUCUGCAGACAGAAAGAGAUGGACUGCUAAAUGAAGUUGCAAGCCUGAGGUCUGUGAGUGCUGAACUGGCAGAGUUCAAGCACAGAUGUGAUGACCAGCAGAGGGCGCUGCAGCAGGCUCAGGCCUACAGGACUCAGUUGGACAGCAGUGUUUCUGCCCACCAAGCAGAAUUGGCAGAGCUCAGGGCUGUUAACAGCAGGCUGCUGGCUGAAGUUCAGGCCCGUAGCGUCCAGCCCCCAUAUCCACCAAAGGAGUCUGUGACUGCCCUGGGCAGCAGUAGUGAUGGUGCGGACGCUGCUGCUGCUGCUUCUGGUGGCCUGCUGGCCCAGCUGCAGGCAGAGAGGCUCCAGAUGCACAGAGACCUGCAGCGCUGCCUACAGGAGAUCCACCAGAGAGACCUGCUGCUACAGCAGAUCAACACCAAGCUGCAGCAGGUGAUGGAGGAGAAGACCGGUGUGUCUGGCCAGCUGAAGGCCGUCUCCCAGACGCUCCGAGACACCCAGCUCAACCUCAGCGAGGUGCAGAACCGCUACGCCUGGCUGCAGAACCAGGUGCAGGCCCAGCAAGCACCCGCACAGAGUGCAGGGCAUAUGGAAGUGGCCCCAGGAGCCCCUCAGGAGAGGAGCAGUGCGGUGGUGGACAUCGACGGACCUGAGACUGGAGAACUGAGGAACAGACUGGCGGAGGCGGAGCUUCAGCUAGACACGGCCCAGCAGAGUGUGUCGCAGCUCACUGAUAGGCUGGAGGAGGAGAGGGGAAGAAGAGAGGCAGCAGAGGAAGCUCUGGGAUUGGCUGACACAAGAAUCAAGAGCCUGGAAUCGCGACCCUCCGGCUCCCCGUCUAGAGACUUCAGUAUCCAGCUGGAGGCUGACGAUGAGUGGGAGGCUCUGAUCCUCGACCCCAAUGAACCCAUGGUGAUGCGCAAGUUAAAGGGUGGAGCUCUGGCGGUGAGGCGCUGGGUUCGAGGCCGGAGCCUGUACUGUUCCCGGAUGCUGACGUCCAGGGCCAAGUCGCGCUACCUCUUCCUCUCCUACCUGCUCAUCCUGCACGCGCUGGUGUUCUUGUGCCUGGGUGGCGCCCUCUAGAGGGGAACAGGAGCUACAGCACUCUUACUCUUACAAUCGAACUUCAGUUCAACUCUCCACACACACACACACACCAAGUGAAGAUGAAGUGAAAGCACUCACUGUUGGAACUCCACAUCCACCAAGUGCAACAUCAUAGUGAAAAGACUUGCUCACCAUAGGACGUAGAGCAUCUUUGCUUCCUACAAUACAACACUCAUGGAUGGAUCUAUGGAUGGAUGGAUGAAUGGAUGGAGGUAUGGAUGGAUGGAUGGAUGGAGGUAUGGAUGGAUGAAUGGAUGGAUGGAGGUAUGGAUGGAUGAAUGGAUGAAUGGAUGAAUGGAUGAAUGGAUGGAUGGAUGGAUGGAUGGAUGGAUGGAUGGAUGGAUGUCCCCCAAGUAGAUUAGUUGCAAAGUCUCGGUUUGGUUAUUCAUACACUAUGUGAUUGUGUCUGGGCGGAAAGGCUUGAAUGUUGGGACAAGCCAUAAUAGUCCCAUUGAAAUGGCACUAAGAUUUGUUUGUUUUUGAGUGUUUAUUUGUUUGUUGGAAGACCAGUACACAUAUGUGAUGUACAGUACAAUCCUCCAGCCCUCCUCACCUCUCCAGCUUUUUAUUCCUCUUACACACACACACACACACACACACACACACACACACACACACACACACACACACACACACACACACACACACACACACACACACACACACACACACAGGUGGCUUACAUGUAGUUGUGGUGAUAAGCUUGCCAUAUAUGCUUGCCACACACACACACACACACACACACACACACACACACACACACACACACACACACACACACACACACACACACACACACACACACACACACACAGGUGGCUUACAUGUAGUUGUGGUGAUAAGCUUGCCAUAUAUGCUUGCCACACACACACACACACACACACACACACACACACACACACACACACACACACACAGAGGUGGCUUACAUGUAGGUGUGGUGAUAAGCUUGCCAUAUAACCAGCCACAAAGAAGCUAUGCACUGAACAUUUAUUUAUUCGUUUUGAGCGACUCAACUCAACAGGGCUUACUCUUCCACCACCAUCGCACCACCAAGUCCCUGCACACUAAAGGGUUACACUACACAAAUACUGUUUGUGAGACACUUGUAGUGCAUUGUAUGAGGGUAUACCCAUACUGUGUGUAUGUAAUUAAGUAAGUUAUAAAUACCCAUCUGAACUAUAUUUAAAGUGAGUGAAUGGUGAAAGUAUGACACCACCCACAAAAUGUGUGUUUGUUGGGUGAUGUGAUGUUAAGUGUAAUUUACGGUACAGUUCUGAUUUAUUUUUGUUGUAAUUAUUGUAAUUAUUCACCUCUUGAUUGUUCAUGUCAGACGAGAUCAUUUAAUUACGCUGUGCCGCACAGUAGGCUCAUUCCAAGGCUUCUGUGAAUCUAAUGUUCCUAACGAUGAUGUAAAUAUGGUGUGAUUUAACGAGAUGUGAAAAGAGAGAGAAAAAAAGAUUUACUUUAUGUUCAACUACUGUGUGCAUCCAAGAUGUCAUAUUUUCUACACAUGGUCUAUUUUCUAAGAGAUGAAUCAUUAAUUGCGUAAUGUUCACUUUGAGAGAAUGUGUUCACAGCUUUUUCGCCUUUUGGCUGGAACGUGUGCAAUAAAUGUUUUGUUUUGAUUUGAUUUUUUUUUGGAAGGGUUGUUUGUUUUCUUUUUUCCAGGUGUGUGAUUAAUUUCGUGGCAAAUUUUAAUUAAAAAACUGGAAUAUCACUACA